CGCAUCCACAUCAUCAAUUCAAUUUCAAACUCCCGAGCUGUGUAGUCUUUUACCACCUUCUUUUUCUUCUUAUUUAAUUCUCUCUCCCAAAACCCACACAAAAACCAGAGCCAUCUCAAUCCCACCAAAUAAUGGAUUUCCUCAAAUCCGUCUUCGCCGACGAACCAACUCCACCCGAUUCCCCCAAAUCCCGACCCGAUUCCCCUACCUCCGAAAUCCAUUCCAACACCGACGUCGGUCCCUCCACGUGGUCAUUCGGCGGCUUAAUCAAAUCCCUAGCCACCAAAUCAGAGUCCGUGAUCGAAACCUACCGUAAAGACUUCCAAGAAUUAGGAUCCGGCUUCAAAGAGGAAACUGCGGUUAUUCGGGAAGUUGCUUCACGCGCCGUCAAGGAUCUUCCUGCUUCCUUCGAAGUCGGCGCCUCCGUCGCUCAGGAAUCGCUGGAAACCGUCGGCCAAGCCAUCGACGACAUCGGCGCUACCUUCUGGAAUUCAACGGCUCAGAUUAUAUCUCAUGGUAAAACCUCAAUAUUAGCUUCUAGUUCUGAUAGUAAUUAUUAUGAUUCGGAUGAAAAUCAUCAACGGUCUUCAAAUUUGAAUUUGAAGCAAUACAGCCGUUUUGAUAUGCGAGUUAAUGCAAUUCAGUGUGAUUUUAAUACGUAUUGUAAUGAACCGGAAGACAAAGUUGAUUAUGAGAAUUGGAGAUUAGGGGUUUUUAAUAUGGAAGAUACUGAAUCGGAGAUUAAUAGUUUAAUUAGUGAAAACAAGGUAAUUAAGGAAAUUUAUGAUGAGGUAGUGCCUAGUAAAGUAGAUAAUCAAACUUUUUGGAGUAGAUAUUUUUAUAAACUGCACAAAUUAAAACGAGCCGAGGAGGCGAGAUCUUUGCUUGUGAAAAGAGCAAUUUCUGAUGAAGAUGAUUUGAGUUGGGAUUUUGAAGAUGAAGAUGAAGAUGACAAUUACAAUAAUAAUGUCGGUGGAAGCUCCAAUUUUGAGAAUAAAAGUAAAAACGGCCUGAAAAAAUUAUAUUCAGGUGAUGUUGAUAAGUUGGAUAAGAGCGAGGAGAAGGCAGAGGUGAAGGGCGAUCAUGGUGUGUCGUCAUGUGAUGUAUCGGUUGUUUCGAGCCACCAGUCAUUGUUACAGGAGGAGGAGGAUCUUGGAUGGGAUGCAAUUGAAGAAAUUGAUGGAAGUAAAGAGGAAGCAUUCUUGGGGAGCUCACAGAAUGUGAGUAGAGUAGAUUUACGUAAGAAAUUGAUCUCUGCAGAGGAAGACGAGGAAUUGAGUUGGGAUAUUGAUGACGAGCCUGGGAUACAAGAUUGAUAACUAGGUUGAUUAUUGUUUAGAUGUGAAAUUAUUUAUUCUUAGUUUGCUUAUGUAAUUAGUUGUUGAUAAAUCAAUGAGUGUCCUAUAGAUGUUUAGGGAUAGGUUAAUGUUCUUCAAAGAAGAGCAAACGUCAAAGGAACACCGAAAGGUGUUUUUGAGUAUCCAGUAUGUCAUUUAAAUUAAUGUUGAUUGAGAAAGGUAGAGUACAGAAGGAAGUGAAAAGGGAUCAAGCAGUGUACUUAGAAUUCGUCUACAAGUUGAUUAAAAUAUGAUUAGAUAUUUAUUGAUAACUUGAUUUAUAUAUGAUUAGAUAUUUACUA